AUGAAAUUUAGUGCAGCUACUGACGAGAAACUUCGCUAUGAUGAACGAAGAACCGGAGCCAGUCUAUGGAUUGAUUUUUUAAAUGUCAGUAAUCCUCUUGUUUACAUCUUUCCUGUUUGGUUCUUCAUUCUCUUCUUCUAUUCGUGUUUGAAUACCAGUUUUACCGUCCGUGAGAACUGGGAGAAACGUAAUGUUUUCGGAGAAAUCGUCACUCCAGUUCUCGCCGAUGAGUUGAACUGCCACGAGGAUCUCCGGUCGUUGGAGUUGGGAAGAACGGAGCCCGAGAAAAUGAAUUUGCGAACGAACUGCGGAAUGAAAAUGCACGAAGCCUUGGAAUGCCUCCGGGGUUCGCGGCGCCAGCGUUCGACUCAGGCAGAUCUCAGGAAGCCGCGUAAACGUAGCGCUUCCGUCGCCGGCGGCACCACCCGUGCAUUCAAGAUUCAGAAAUGUUCGCCAUUGAAGCGUCGCAAAUCCGGAGGCGACGACAUCGUGGCACAAAAGGCCACGACUGCCUGCAGUGUCCGUGUCGAGAAACUCGCCGUACCCGUGUUAGAUGUCGCUCCUCGUCUGCCCGCCAUUGUGCCCGCUCCGGCGAAUCAAGCCCGUGAGAACUGCAACAGCGUGGAGUCGGGCUACGAUUCCGAUGAGAAUUCCGGGACUAAUUCCAGUAACCAGGGCCAGUCACCGUCUCGCGGGGACUUGGAAUCCGAGCCGGUGUCUUCGGCGGAGGAGUUGAAUAAAUCUGGAAAUGGCGACGAGGACGAUGUUGGCUUGCUCAAGAAAAGGUGUGAUGAGGCGGUCCGCAUUCUUGGACACGUUCUUUCCCGAAUGUCAGCAAAACGUUCAGCUCUACAAAAUUCGCAUGGAUUAGUUGGGGACUUGCCUUCCUGGAUCGCAUCGCGCCUCGCCUCAGCCAACUUUGCCUUGAAUCCGUCAACCUCCGAACCAUUGUCUGCGCGGCUUUGCUCCUCCGCGGAAUCAGUUACCCCCACCACCUUGCCUCCGAAACCCAGUUCCACGUCAGUUACCUCAGCUACAAAAACUUCUUCCUCGGAAUCAAAACCGUUUUGGACAGAAGAGGAUCUCGCAGCGUCGGUACAGUUGGAAAUCGUUCUCGGUCCGAGCCGCGAAUGCGAUCUGGAAGAAUUAUUGGUUGUUCCCGGGCUUCCUACGGCGAUGCCGCGGAAGCGCAGCAAACGGCUCAGUCCGCCAGCGAUGACUGACGCCUGCGAUGGCAACAAAAUGGCCGAUGAUGACAGCUCGUCGUGUUCUUCAGUGUCAUCUUCCUCGCAGCCGGCGUCCCCAAUGUCGUCGUGUCAAGUGCUCAGUGUGUUCUUCGAGGUCAGGUCGGCCGAUGCGGAUGGCGACUCGUCCUUCUGUUUCCAGACCGGUUCCCUGUAG